GGAUAAGCACAUUUGACCGUAUGUGCCGCCAUUUGCCACCUGCAAAACAUGGUUUUUGUUUCGGUUUUGGUUUUGGAUUCUCUGACUUGUGUAUAAAAAUCCAAUCUUGCAUCAAACCCAUCAAGAAAUCUUCAUCGACAACCUAACUUUCAAAUCUCUGUUUUUGUAUUGAGUUCUCAAUGGUACUCUUAGUUCAAAGGCUUAGCAAAUUAUACUCUAAGCUGGAGAAUCACCACAACCACCAUCAGCCUGAAGCCUUAUCAGCUGCUUUACAGGCUUUUCGAUCUGAUGUUUCGAGUUCUAUAACCCAGUUGUUAUUGAAUUCGAACUCUGGAUUUGAAACCCUCUCCCUGGAAUGGAUUCACAAGUGUUUUCAGAUCCUACCCAUGAUCAACAAAGCUUUUGCAAAGCUAGUUGUGGAGAUCGACUACCAUGUCAGCAAAUGGAAGGUAAAAACCAUGGAAGUGUAUCUUAACUAUAGUUUACACUUGCUGGAUCUUCUCAUCUCGUUUAGCUCUGCUCUUUCUCAUCUGGGUCAAGCUCGUCUUUCUUUAUCUCAUGCUCUCAGUCUCGUUGAGAGUUCACCGUCUAAGGCGGUGGAGCGGCUGAAGACGAUUGAGUUCAAAAGUAUUAUAAAAGAUAUCAAAGAUCAAGAAAACAAGGAAGAUGAGCCGAAAGAAAGAUCUUGCUCAGACAAAGAAUGGGUUGUUCUUCAAGCUUUGAUGGAAUUAAGGAGCAUAGGAUUCUGGGUCUGUAGUAUUGUGUCGGUUGGUUUAUCUGGAGAUGAUAGGGCGUACUUGGAGAUGAAAAAAUCUGCUGGGGCAUUUUCUAACCCUGCUUUGAUAAAUUUGGAUUCAAUUAUCAGUAGGGUUAUAAUGGAGAAAGGAUGUGUGCUGAAGGAGAAUAGAGAGCUGAAAGAUUCAGCUGAUUGUGUUGCAGAAGCCAUAGCAGGCGAAAAAAGCAGCGAUGCAGCAGAAGAGAUGCAAAAAAAAUUGGAAGAGUUUGAGAAGCUGCUGGAUAACUUAGGCAAGGAAGUGGAUUGUCUCUUUUCUGAGUUGCUGGCUGGGAGAAAUGAAUUGCUUGAUGGUAUUAGAUUUCAGAAAACAUAAGAUCAAGAUUCUAGAUUUCUACUUUUUAUUUGCUUUUAGACUCUCUGUAUAGAUUUAUAUACUUAAAUUGUAUAGUUUUUUCAAGAUAGGAUCAUUUGUAAGAGCUGAAAAGCUCACCUUAAGAAUAUAAAUAUUUGUGAAAAUUUGCCUGCGUAA